UAAUCCCUGUGGUUUUACCUCCUACAGGAAAAAAGGGGGUGCUCCCUGGCUACCAAGCAGCCCCUAAACUGGAUGGAGUGAAAGAUGCGGCCUGAUGACAUAAACCCGAGGACUGGGCUGGUGGUAGCUCUGGUCAGUGUUUUUCUGGUCUUUGGCUUCAUGUUCACGGUCUCUGGCAUGAAAGGUGAAACUCUGGGAAACAUCCCUCUGCUGGCCAUCGGGCCAGCCAUCUGCCUACCAGGCAUCGCAGCCAUUGCUCUGGCCAGGAAAACCGAAGGGUGCACCAAGUGGCCAGAGAACGAGCUGCUCUGGGUCCGCAAGUUGCCCUGCUUUCGAAAGCCCAAAGACAAGGAAGUGAUGGAACUGCUGAGGACCCCUUCAGACCUGGAGUCCGGCAAGGGGAGCUCAGACGAACUGGCUAAGAAGGCAGGCCUCAGAGGCCAGCCGCUCCCACAGGGACCAGGUGAGGUGCCUGUGACCAGCUCCACUACCACCCCCACUCCCACGGAGGAAGGAGAAUGCCAGAGUCUAGUCCAGAGUGGGCGUCAGGAGGAGACGUCUAGAUACCUGGAUGGCUACUACCCCUCGGCCAGUUCCCUUGCCUACAGUGCCUUGGACGCCAAGUGCUCAGCCUGGGACAGAUCUGACCGCCCUGAGCCCGAGGACAGCAUCUUCUUUGUGCCCCAGGACAGUAUCAUCGUCUGUUCCUACAAGCAAAACAGCCCCUAUGACAGAUAUUGUUGCUACAUCAACCAGAGCCAAGGCAGGUGGGACCACGAGACAAUAGUCUGAUCUGUUCCAUACAAGGGUCCCAUGUUGACAGACACAUUGCUGCACUCAGCUCCCGAUGGAAAAAAAAAAUCUCCUAUCCAACAGCCUUCACGCUAUUAGAAACUGGCAUGGUAUGUGUUGGGGGUGCAGACCGCUGGUGCCUGAUACUCGUGUAAAUAGGCAUGUUGGGGACAUAGCUUAGGGAAGUGUUGAGAAUUAAGGACAGUUGGACGGGGCAGUAACAGUAAAGAAAGUUCCAUUUGCCUCUGAACAAAUUAAACGAUGUUGGAUACUUUGUAAAAACAGCUCAAAGUGUGCUGGACAGUACCUGCUGCCAGUCAGGUGAGUCUAGAGCUAGUUUCGGAUACCAGGUAUCAAAUGA